AUGAUGUUGUUAACAAUUCAGAUUUUUAGAGCAUUGUCUGAGAAGGAGAAGAUUAUCGAAGGGAAAGAGAAAACACUAGUGAUGUAUCGAACCAGUUACAACGAAAUUCGGUUCCAACAGCAGGUUGUCCAACAACAGCUUAAUGUUAUCAAUGCAUGCACUCAGUAUUUUGCUGGUCGAAUUGAUCAAAAGGAUCGAUUUAUCAGGACUCUUCAGAGUGACCGGAGUUUUGCUGCUAGCAAAGCAUUGAAAGGUCAACAAGGCAAUUUGGGUCAUGCGUUGUUACCUAUCUUGGAGAUGGUCGAUUGGAUCGGUUGGGAUAUUUCUGCUUUUGCUGCAAAGUUAUUAGGGCCGAAUAUCGACAUUCCUCAUAAAUCUACUGAACCAGAUGCUUCAGCUUUCACAAAUAUCGAUGUCCCUGAAACACUCCAACGAGUCUACCAUUCUACUAUUGAUUUUCGGACCUUUUUGCUCAAUAUCCAGGGCGCUUCCUUCUUCAUUACUGGGGAUAUUGGUGAUACUGAUUCAACGGUCCCAUUCUUAAAUGGUAUGUUUAAGGGUGAAAUUCCAACCCUUCAAUCUGUUUGA